UUUUCUUUUUCUUUUUGGAAGCAGUGUCUGAAUAUUUGUCCCAAUGGCAGUGGACACUGACUUUGGCAUGAAGAGCAGCAGCAUCACGCGAGAGUGGAGUGGACAGGUCCAGCCGGCUCUGGUGGCAUCUUUUGUCUUCCUCUUUUGCCUGGAAGCCUGCCUCUGGUUCAGGAACCUGAGGCUCAAGAGAAGACUGCCGGGACCCUUCGCCUGGCCUGUGGUGGGCAACGUCAUGCAGCUGGGCCAGAUGCCUCACAUCACCUUCGCCAAACUGGCCAAAAAAUAUGGUAAUGUGUACCAGAUAAGACUAGGUUGCAGUGACAUUGUGGUCCUGAAUGGAGCCAGGGCCAUACGUCAGGCUCUGAUACAGCACAGCAGGGAGUUUGCUGGCAGACCAAACUUUCUCUCCUUCCAGAUGAUCUCUGGAGGAAGGAGCCUCACAUUUACUAAUUACAGCAAAGAGUGGAAGGUGCACAGGAAAAUUGCCCAGUCCAGCCUGAGAGCCUUUUCCUCUGCAAAUAGUCAGACCAAAAAAGCCUUCGAGCAGCACGUUAUGGCCGAGGCUAUGGAACUGGUGCGGGCAUUUUUGCGACACAGCACAGAUGGACAAUAUUUUGACCCAUCCCAUGAAUUUACAGUAGCUGCUGCUAACGUCCUGUGCGCUCUUUGCUUCGGGAGGCGAUACGGACAAGACGAUCCGGAGUUCAGGACAAUGUUGACGAGGCUGGACAAGUUUGGAGAGACGGUUGGAGCCGGCAGCCUGGUUGAUGUCAUGCCCUGGCUCCAGUCCUUCCCUAACCCGGUCCGCAGCAUCUACGAAAACUUUAAAAAUCUCAACGAGGAGUUCUUCGCCUAUGUGACAGAUAAAGUGGCGCAGCACAGAGAGUCCUUCGAUCCAGAUGUGACCCGGGACAUGAGCGACGCCAUCAUCAACGUGAUCGAGCACGGAAAAGAGAGCGGCCUGACGAAAGAGUUUGUAGAAGCGACGGUGACGGACCUGAUUGGAGCAGGCCAAGACACAGUAUCCACCAUCAUGCAGUGGAUCAUACUACUGCUGGUCAAAUAUCCCGAAGAGCAAGCUAAGCUGCAUGCCCUCAUAGACAAAGUGGUGGGCUCAGACAGACUGCCCUCAACUGAGGACCGCAGCAGCUUGGCAUACCUGGACGCCUUCAUCUACGAGGUCAUGCGCUUCACCAGCUUUGUCCCCAUCACCAUCCCUCAUUCCACCACCUCUGACGUCACCAUCGAAGGUCUCAGCAUCCCCAAAGACACGGUGGUUUUCAUCAACCAGUGGUCGGUCAACCAUGACCCGCUGAAAUGGAAGAAUCCGCAUAUCUUUAACCCCUCGCGCUUUCUGGGGGAAAACGGAACCCUCGAUAAGGACGUCAUCAACAGUGUUAUGAUUUUUUCAAUAGGUAAGCGGCGAUGUAUUGGUGACCAGAUUGCCAAGGUCGAAGUGUUUUUAUUCACGGCUGUCUUGUUGCACCAGUGCGUCUUAGAGAGUGACCCCUCUCAGCCCGUCAGCCAGGAUUGCUCCUACGGGCUCUCGCUGAAGCCCCUCAGAUACUGUGUCACCGCCAAGCUCAGAGGAAAGUUACUUGGCUUGGUUUCCCCAGCGUGAGCUGCAGGGAUCUGCACUGUGACUCAAGGCCAGCAGAGACUUCCCCACACGACUCCACCAGUGACAUUUAACAGUGCGUGCUAGCAUACCUGCACAAAGUCUUAAUGUAAAAUUUUCCUAUUUAAUGUAUUUAAACAUGCAUUGCGGUUGGGAAUGUGGUGUCAAAUCUCUAAUAUUAAACCAAUUGAAUUCAUGUCAAUAGACUUUUGGCAUCAAUGCAAGAGGUUGAAAAAGUUCUCCAGAUUUCGUACAUAAUAUUAAGAGUUGAAUGCUUUCAUUGCAUGAGCAUGUAGGAUCUGCACAGGGCAUCUACAGACCUUUAAAUUUCCUUUUAAACUAACACUAUAAUGUAAUAAAUGCUUGUGAAUGUUACAGUCACUUGUUGACUGACUUUCCUCAGUCGUAAUAUCUAAGUAUAUACUGAACCUUUGUCACAUCAUGCUUUUAGAAUGUGUUUUUAUAAGUUUUGAGGAGGACAGGAAACAUAAGAAUAAACUUUAUCUAUCUACCAUCAUCUACUGUAUUCAAAGCAUGUGAAGACGUUGAAUAAAGAGAGACGAUGAAAGGAAAAAGAGAACAUGGAAGUGAAGAGGAAGUCUUUCAUCAACAUCCAUCAGAGAAAAUGUGCAAACUUUUGUGAAGCCAGUGUCAGCCCGAGCGCUGCCUGCCAAACACCGUUCCCACCUAUACUCACAGCACAGAUGUGCACCAUGUUUUUGUUUCCCAUGAGGCAUUAUCACGACCAGGUUUGUUUACAAAGUUUUCAAAGCUACACGGAUGUUCCUGCACCUCUUUAAGCCUGCGCGCUCUGUGCAUGUUUAUCUUCUUCAACCAACUACUCAACGGGGCUUCAU